UGGGUGGGGGGCCAUAGCGCUCCGUCAGGGUAUGGAGCCGUCAGCCGGUCUGGUGGUGGCGACCUGGGACGCGCUGCUAGGCCUACUGGUGUGCACUCCCCUGGUGGUAGCCCACUGGCGCGCCGUCUGGUUCCUCCUGGACUGGUUCGUGCUCCCGGAGCGACCUCUGGUCAGCAGCUGGCUAUGCUGUGUCAUCGGCCACGCGCUGGUGCUCGCCGCCCACUUGGCUCAACACGCCCUCGGCUCGAUCGGAGACGACGAGGUAGCCGUAGCCGAUGCCAAAGUCCAGCUGCAACAGCAGCGACGUCGGCCGCUGCAGCGGCCGUGGCGGGAGUUUGCCGGUCGCAUCUACACUCCUCUGCUGUCGGUGGCCACGAUCGCCCAAUGGCGAGGCGUCUGGCUGCUCCACGACCUGUACCUCGUCGAUGCCGGUCCUCUACCCUCGGCUUUGGUCUCACUGGUCUUCGGUUGCUUGGGACUGGCCCUGACAGGGGCGCUAAAGACAAUGUCGGCUUCGCCGCCCUUCGCUGUCGGAAGCGACGCGCCGUGGGCCUACUUCGACGCGCCCACACGGCUAGGACGGCGACCGGACCUUGAAGGAGGCUGGCCCUGGUUCACGGUCGACUGCAUGCUGACCGUGGUCGUGAUGCACACGCUGCUGAUCAGUGGGUGGAGAGGGCUGUGGGCCCUCUUGGACGUGCUAAGAAGGUCGCCCAUGGCGUCGCUGGUGUCCGGCACCACGGCGACAGUGUUGCUGAUGGUCACGCAGGCGCCGGCAGGCAUCCUGUGGAGACGUCUGGGUGGAGAGACAAAAGCCCCGAAAAACAUCCUGGACGGGGAGGCCGGAGUUCCCAAGGCGAUGCUGGACGAAGAAUCCAAACCCUCGAAGAACGCACCAAGAGGCCUAUCCUGGGUCCAACGUCUCUUCGAGGAGCUGUGGCACCUGGCAGCCGCCUACGCUUGCGUGUCCGUCUGGCGAGGUAUCUGGAUGCUCGUCGAUGAAUGGCUGCAGGACGACAUGCCUGCAUUCGCGCUGCUGGCCAUCGGAUCAUUCCUACUGCUGCAAUGUCUGUACGCGGCAAACAAUGUCCUCACACGAGGGGUCUCCGUCGACGGCCGGGGCGUGGCGUUCGACGUCGCUUUCCUGGCGGAGCUGCUCACAGCUCCGUCUUCCGGUCUAUCUUGA